AUGAUGAUGGGUGCUCGUAUAUGGUUACCUGAUCGUGAACGUGUAUGGAGAGCAGUUACCGUUAGUGAAGAUUAUACUGGUGCAGGAAAAUUAGUUGUCCAAGGAGAAAAUGGAAAACAGGAAAUUAUUACUGUUCAAUCAAAUAAUGAUUUACCACCUUUACGAAAUCCGGAUAUUUUAAUUGGACAAAAAGAUUUAACAGCACUCAGCUAUCUUAAUGAACCAGAAGUACUAUAUAAUUUGGAAUCUCGUUUCAAUAAAAGUCAGAUAUAUACAAAAUGUGGCAUUGUCCUAGUUGCUAUAAAUCCAUAUGAAAAUUUGAAUAUUUAUGGAAGUGAUACAAUUCAAUUAUAUCGAGAUCAAGAUGUUCAACUCUUAGAACCACAUAUAUUUGCCGUAGCCGAAUUGGCUUAUCAAUCGAUGGUCAAUUUCAAUAAAAAUCAAUCCAUUAUUGUUUCGGGUGAAUCGGGAGCUGGUAAAACUGUAUCAGCUAAAUAUGCCAUGCGUUAUUUUGCAAAUGUUGGUGGUUUAUCAGAAGAAACACAAAUUGAAAAGAAAGUAUUAGCAUCUAGUCCAAUAAUGGAGGCAAUAGGAAAUGCCAAAACAAUUCGAAAUGAUAAUAGUUCACGUUUUGGAAAAUAUAUUGAAAUUGGUUUUCUUAAAAAUCAUAUAUGUGGAGCGAGUAUGAGAACAUAUUUACUUGAAAAAUCAAGAGUGAUCUAUCAAGCACCAGACGAAAGAAAUUAUCACAUAUUUUAUCAAUUAUGUACACAAUAUCAACAUCAAGAUAUGAAAAUACUUUCGCUAUUACCAGCUGAUCAAUUUCGUUAUACAGCUGAAGGUCGUGCAAUCACAAUCAAAGGUGUUAAUGAUGCAGCAUUGUUCAAUGAAACAAGAGAAGCACUAUUACUGUUAGGUAUCGAUAAUAAAAGUCAAAUGUUGAUAUUUCGUGUAUUAUCAGCAAUAUUACAUCUUGGAAAUGUUGAAAUUAAUGAAGCUGAAAAAGAAUCAACGUACAUUAAAGAUUCAAAUAAACCAUUUUCAACAUUUUGUUCAUUGUUAAAAAUAGAUGAGAAUCGUAUGAGAACAUGGCUAUGUAGUAAAAGAUUGAAAACUGGCAUUGAAGUUGUAAAUACACCUUUAAAUUUACAACAAGCAUUAUUUUCUCGGGAUGCAUUAGCAAAACAUAUGUAUUCUCAAUUAUUCACAUGGAUAGUAGAAGAAAUCAAUAAGUCAUUAGAAUAUAUUGGAACUAGACAAUCAUUCAUUGGAGUAUUGGAUAUUUAUGGAUUUGAAACAUUUGAAAUGAAUAGUUUUGAACAAUUCUGUAUCAAUUAUGCAAAUGAAAAAUUACAACAACAAUUUUGUCAGCACGUAUUUAAAUUAGAACAAGAAGAAUAUAUGAAAGAAGAAAUAACUUGGUCAUUUAUCCAAUUUCAAGAUAACCAACCGUGUAUUGAUCUUAUUGAGAGUAAACUUGGUAUACUUGAUUUAUUAGAUGAAGAAUGUAAAAUGCCAAAAGGUUCGGAUGAAAAUUGGUUAAGGAAAAUAAUUAAUCAACAUGGAAAACACAAUGAUUUUCUUACAAAAAAAUUAUCAUCAUCAACAUUUAUCAUUAAUCAUUUUGCCGAAAAAGUUGAAUAUUCAAUUGAUGGGUUUUUAGAAAAAAAUCGUGAUACCGUUUUAGAAGAUCAAUUAAAAAUGUUAAAAGAAAGUGAAAUCGAGUUUGUUGUUCAAUUAUUUUUGGAAGGUGAUGAUGUACCAGUAAUAUCACAAAAAAAUAAUAAAAAUUAUACGGUACAAAAAAUUGGCACAGCACAAGCAAACAGUAAAACGCAAGCAGCAAGAAAAAAAACAGUUGGCUCUCAACGACCUACACUUGGUUCACAGUUUCGUGAAUCAUUGACAAAUUUAAUGUUGGCAUUAAAUUCAACAGAACCGCAUUACGUAAGAUGUAUUAAACCAAACGAUAGCAAAGCAGCAUUUACAUUUGAACCACGACGUGCCGUACAACAAUUACGAGCAUGUGGUGUGUUAGAAACAGUUCGAAUAAGUGCAGCUGGUUAUCCAUCAAGAUGGACGUAUCAUGAUUUUUUUCAACGUUAUCGAUUGCUAGCAAAAUCAGUUUUGAUCGAUCGAACAAAUUAUCGAAAAACGUGUGAAAAUAUUUUAAAAAAAUUAAUUCAAGAUCCUGAUAAAUUUCAAUUUGGUAAUACAAAAAUAUUUUUUCGAGCUGGUCAAGUGGCUUAUUUAGAAAAAUUACGUUCAGAAAAAUUAAAAAUGUGUAUUAUACGAAUUCAAACAGUUUAUAGAGGUUAUAGAGAGAGAAAACGAUAUUUACUCAUUAAAAAAACAAUUUCGAAAUUACAAAUGUUGGCUAGAGGCUAUGUGGCUAGAAGACGUGCUGAUUUAAUUCGUCGUACUCGUGCAAUAACAUUUUUUCAAUCAAAAUGGCGUAUGAUAAUGCAAAAACGAAAGUAUGAGAAAUUGAAAGCGACAAUAAUAAAACUACAGACGUACGGUCGUGGCUAUUUGGUGAGAACUAAUAUUCGACGUCGUUUUAUUGAACGAAGUGUUGUCACUCUUCAAUCUCGUGUACGAAUGUGGUUAUGUAGACGUCGAUUUAAUACUAUUAAACGAGGAAUUCUACUACUACAAGCUCAUCAACGUCGACGAGAAGCAAUAGAAAUGGUUAAAAAAUUAAAAGUUGAACAACGAUCAGUUGAACAUCAACGAAAAUUAAAUAAAGGAUUAGAAAAUAAAAUUAUUACUUUACAACAAAAAAUUGACGAACAGAAACGUGAAACAGAACGUUUAGCAUCUAAAGAAAAUGACUUGGAUCAUUUACGUAAAGAAUUUGAUCAAUUGAAAGCGACUAAUAAAGAAUUGAAACAAAAUGUUAAACAACAAACAACAGUUGAAGAAGAAAAUAUUCAACUACGUGCUGAAAUUGAACGUUUACGUCAUGAAAAUCAAGCAGUACGCUCAGAUCAUCAACAAUUGAAAUUAUUUAAAGAUGAACUAGUCAUACAACAUGCAGACGUAUUAUCAGCUCUCAAAGUUGAAUUAGAUACAAAAACAAAUGAUAUUAAACGUUUAGAAAAACACAUACAAGAUACGACUACAUCGGAUCAAUCGAUACAACGUUUAAAAGAACUCGAAGAUGAAUUACAAACUGAACGUCAACAACGUCAACGUUAUGUUCUUGAAAUAAAUCGUUUAGAGCAAAAAUGUGAAAAUUUAGAAUCAGAAUCACAAACAAAUAAUAAAAAACAUCAUAAUGGUCUUGAAUCACAAGGCUCAUUGAAAGAUGCUCCCUCAGAUGUAAAUAUGACAUUUGAUAGUCGAUUUAUUAAUGAAACAUUAGAUUUAGAUGAUCUUGCGGAACCAUUUGAUUCAAUCCGUUCAUCAACGCAGCGUCGUCAAUUAUCUUCAACAAUUAAUUGGAGACAAGAUCAAGAUGGGCAACAAGAUGCAAAUAAAAAUCUUCUAACUGAAGGAGGUGGCGGAUUACUUUUGUUAUUACAACGACGAUUACAGCAAUUAGAAACUGUUAACAAAACAUUAACAGAUGAACUAGAUAAAGUGACAAAAAAUGCUAAUAAUGGUGGCCCUCGUUCAUCGCUAAUAAGUGGAUCAACUAGUAUUGAUGGAACAACAUCAGCCGAUAAAACACAAUCAUGGCAUUUAGAUGAAUUAGAAAUGGAUAGAUUAAAAAAUGAUUUAAAAUCAUUAAGAGAAUCAGUAUUGAAAGGAGAUGAAACAGGUGCACGAGAACAAUUAUUAGCUCAAUUCGAUGCAUUAAACGCUGAAUUAGAUCAUCGUCGUAAAGAUCAAAUUCAAAUGAAAUCUACAUUGAAAGAUCGUGUAUUAACAUAUGAAAAUUCGUCGAAAGAUGAUUUGGGCAAUGCAGAUGCAAUUGAACAAGCAUAUGAGAGUCAAAAACAAAUUAACAAAAUGUUAGAAUUAGAAUUAGAUCAAUGUCGUACAGCAUAUCAACGUGAAUAUUUACGUAUACAAGAACGUCUACAACAAAUGGAAAAUGAAAAUAUUGAAUUAUGUAAAACAAUUGAUGAAAAUACCGUUGAUGAAAUGAUGAAACAACAAAUUGCAAAUGUUAUUACUGAAAAUUUAGAAUUACGCGAUACAUUGCGUAAUAGUCAAUUAGAAAUGAGAAAAUUAAGAAGAGUGAUUAAACUAAUUAAUAAAACAUUUUCAGAAUCUAAUUUAUCAUUGGAACAUGUAUUAACAGCAGGAACAACAUCUAAUCCAGAUCAAUAUUUAAGAAAUCGAAUGUUAGAUAAUUAUAGUAAUGAUACGACCGUUAUAUCAAAUAAUCCAUAUGUCAAUCCAGGCGAUUUAAGACGUCAAAGUUCAAAACAUUUAAAUGGAAUGAUGAAAUGUACACCCCAACAUACAGAAAGAAUAACUGACACCGUUAUUCUAGAAUUAAAACCUCGUCUAGCAGCCAAAUUUCUACCUGGAUUACCGGCUUAUAUUUUGUUUAUGUGUAUUCGAUACAUUGAUUUUCUAGAUGAUGAAGGUCUCGUCGCUGCAUUUUUAUCAUCUGUAACAAAAAAAAUAAAAAAAAUACCGCGACGAAAUGAAGAUAUUGAAUAUGUUAUACUGUGGACAGCGAAUACUGUUCGAUUUUUACACACACUUCAACAAUAUAGCGGUGAUGAAAAAUAUGUUGUACAAAAUACACCAAAACAAAAUGAACAAUGUUUAAGAAAUUUUGAUUUAACAGAUUAUCGUACAAUAUUUUCCGAUCUUGUCGUCCAUUUGUAUGAUGAAAUACUAAAUCGAAUGAAAGUAAAAUUAAUACCAAUGAUAAUUCCAGCGAUAAUUGAACAUGAAGAUCUUGAUCAAGCUGGUGCUAUACCGACGUCAACUUCAACGAGUACACCGGGUAUGGAUAAACGACCAAAAUUUUCGGCUCAAGAUCUGAUGAAACAGUUAAACGAUUAUCAUAAAAUAUUACAAAUGUAUUCUGUUGAACCAGCUAUUAUUCAACAGUUAUUCAAACAAGUACGAAUAUUCUACAUCAUUGAUGCACAAGCAUUGAGAGGUUUAUUAGUACGAAGUGAUUGUUGUAAUUGGAGUAAAGCAUUACAAAUAAGAUAUAAUUUAAAUCAUUUGAGUGAAUGGCUUCGUGAUCAACAAUUAAAAGAAAGUGGCGCUGCUGAUUGUUUACAACCGUUGACACAAGCUGUUCAAUUAUUUCUAUGUAAAAAAGAUGAAAAUAGUAUUAGUGAAAUGUUAAAUGUAUGCAAAUCAUUAACAAUUGUUCAGGUAACUAAAUUAUUGAGUUUAUAUAAGUCGAUGGAUGAUUUCGAUGAUCAAGUAACACCGUCAUUAAUAAAGAAAGUUGGAGAAGCUUUGAAACAACAACGUCUAGGAUCAACCGUAGAUCAAAAACGUAUUGACUAUGAACAACAAGAAAAUUUUGAUCUAAAUUUUACUUAUCCAUUAGUCUAUCCAUAUGUACCAUCUACCGUUUCAUUUGAACAUUUAGAAAUACCAAAAGAAUUUCAGUUAGAUUUUCUUUCACUAAUGUAA